AUGGGACGAAUGACCUUUCUCGAACUGGCGGCAGUAUGCCUCCUUUCUACCACCGUCCCCUCAGCAACAGCACUCUCAGCAGCGGAACAAGCAGCACAAGUUCUGGGGCUCCUACCAAGAGCCAGUACAUGUUCCCUCUCUGGCUUCGCACCAUGCAACCAGGAUGGACUACCUGACAAUUUCUGCUGCCCGACAACAAGCACCUGCGUCCCCUUCAACAACAAGAAGUCUGCGAUCUGCUGUCCAACAGGCCAGACCUGUUCCGUCAUAACAGCUAUCAGCUGCGAUAUCACCCAACAGAAUGCAACUCUACAUCCUGAGAGCCAGCUGUUUAGCACGGAUUUGAGCGGUCCUUUGGCAUCUUGCAACGGAAAUAGGUGUUGCCCCAACGGCUACAGCUGCCAAAGCGACCAGUGUAUUCUCACCACAUCCUCAAUCACAGCAUCGACCUCUUCGACCACAGCUACUUCCUCCUCUUCAAUCUCUUCCCCCAAAACCACCAGCUCGAGCUCAUCCGCAUCCGCAUCGGCCACAACGUCACCAACUUCCACGUCCGCUACCGCCACUUCGAUAGCCUCCAAUCUUUCAACCGCCCACAGCUCAAUACCACAGGCACAUUGCCCUCAAUUUACCCCUGCAGGUACCCUGGUGGGAUUCUUCUCAGGCUUAGCCAUUGGCAUCCUUCUGACCGUCGCCUUCCUCUGUUGCUUCGGCCAUCGACGCCAUAAAGAACCCUCCUCCCCUACCUCGCCCGAUUUCUCCCAUGUCCGAGCUUCGAUAUCCGACCCUAUCUAUAAGUCUGAGGGUAUGGACGCUGUACGUGCCGAUUUUCUACGAAAAGAAUCCAAACCCCGCAAAUCUUUGCGCUCCAUGUUCUCAAGGUCAUCUACGGUGAGAUCUCGCAGCGCGCCCGUCGAUGGCAUUGGCAGGAGCAUAGUAAACGUACCGCGGACACCGGUCAAUCAGCGGUCACCAUCACCGCGGAUGAGACACGAGCCGAGUAUGGAGAGCAUCAAGAUAUACAGCCCGCCAGGAGGAGGACUCGGAAGGCCGGGGACACAGUUGGCUGAUAUGCUAGAUGAAGUCGGAUGGGAUCCUACAAAGCCCUACAUUGGAAGUCCAGGCCGGGUGGAUCCCAGGAGCAGAGGGUUAGGUGGUUGA